ACACUUCCGUUUGCAUCCUUGCUUUGCCAUGGCUUGAGCCCGCCCCUGGGGAUGGGGUCCGCUGGGUUGGCACGUCUGCAGGGCCUCUUUGCGGUCUACAAACCGCCAGGGCUCAAGUGGCUGCACCUGCGCGAUACUGUGGAGCGGCAGCUGCUUAACGGUCUCAAUGCUGGAAAGCCUCCUGCCCCUGAACAGCGUGUUCGAUUCCUGUUGGGCCCUGUGGAAGGCAGUGAAAAGAAGGAGUUGAUGCUCACAGCCAUGAGUGUGCCCAGCCUUACCACUCACAGGCUCGUCCGUGGACCAGCAUUCACCAGCCUGAAGAUUGGCGUAGGACACCGUCUGGAUGUCCAGGCUUCUGGAGUGCUAGUGCUCGGCGUGGGACAUGGAUGCAGACUCCUCACUGACAUGUACGAUGCUCACUUUACCAAGGAUUACAUGGUGCGUGGUCUCCUGGGUAAAGCCACAGACAACUUCUGUGAAGAUGGGCGGCUGGUGGAGAAGACAACAUAUGACCAUGUGAGCAGAGAGAAGCUGGACAGGAUCCUGGCUGUGAUCCAAGGCUCCCAUCAGAAGGCACUGGUGAUGUACUCCAACCUGGACCUGCAGUCCCAGGAGGCCUAUGAGAUGGCCGUGGGAGGCAUGCUCCGGCCCAUGAAUAAGUCCCCAAUGCUCAUCACUGGCAUCCGGUGCCUACACUUUGAACCUCCAGAAUUCCUCCUAGAGGUGCAGUGUAUGCAUGAGACACAGCAGCAGCUGCGGAAGUUGGUACAUGAAAUUGGCCUGGAGCUGAAGUCCAGUGCUAUCUGCAGACAAGUGCGGCGUACCCGCGAUGGCUUCUUCACGCUGGACGAUGCUCUCCUGAGGACUCAGUGGGACCUACAUAGCAUCCAGGAUGCCAUCCAGGAUGCUGCCCCACGGGUGGUGGCAGAGCUGAGAAAGAACCUGAGGUCAGGGGUAGACAGCCAGCAGCUUCCUAGUGCUGAGCAACCCCAGCACUCAAAAGGCCCCAGCUCCACUGUGCAAGGAGGGAGCUGUGCAAAGCAUUGAAAGGCCAGGCAGCUGGUGCGUGCAUAGUCGUUGAGUAAGGAAAAAGGCUCUGUGUUCAAGAGCCAGAGCUGGGUACUACACAAAAAUAAGCGUGAGGGCUGGGCAUGGUGGCACAUGCCUGCAAUCUCAGUACUUGGGAGGUGGAGGCAGGAGGAUUAAAAAAAAAAAAAAAAAAAAA